AUGUCUCCCGUCCUUUGGCUUCUGUAUAUGGCGCCCAUCUUCGAUGACCUAAAGCUGCCUAACCUAGCAAAGCACCGUGCGGACUUUAUGCCUUUCUUGUAUGCUGACGACAUCGCUAUCGCUGUCUCCAGCCGUCUGGUCGAGGCUCUCGAAUCUGUCACGCAGGAUCUGUUGAACCAUGUUGCCGACUUCUGCCGGCGCAGCUGUAUCACCCUGAAUGGCUCAAAAUCUGUGCAGGUUGUGAUAUCGACUUCAUAUGCCAUCCGCUGUGCUGCCAUCCCGCAGACCUUGAACGGCACACCUAUCCCUUCAGCUGAUUCAGCUCGCUUCCUCGGUAUAUUGGUCAACGCAACGAUGAGUUUUAAGGAACAGUGCCUCGCUGCACGCCGUCGCAUUGAACAACGCCUUCGAAUCGUGCGAGCUACGAGUGGCCAUAGCUGGGGCCUCAAUCAGCAAAACACCACUCGGCUUGUCAACCAGUACGUGCUCUCUUCUGGUCUGUAUGGGGCACCAGCCUACUAUGGUCUUGCCACCAAGCAAGGUCAGCAUCAUCUUGAUGUUGCCUACAAUAGCUGCCUCCGCCUCUCCACUGGGUGCACGAAGACAACACCUACGAAUCAACUACGUGAAAUAGCUGGUGCACCAACUAUCCAGCUGAAAGUCGAGCGCCAGGCGGCCUGUAUAGCUAAUAUCGCGAAGCGUCAUAGUGCUCCUACACCAGCUAGUGCCGUGUUGCAGUCAACAUACCCUGUUCGGAUCCGUAAAACCAAGGAGACAUGGAGACAAAUGGCAGAGCGGCAUCUUCCACCAUCCCCUGCACCUCUGCCAUCCCGUCCUCCACCCUGGUCCUCCGUUCCAAACCUAUCCGUUUUCAAGUCCGCUUGCACCCGGUCUGACCCUCCUACUCUACGACUUGUAGAGGCACUAGCAUGCCUGGAGGAAGCCUAUCGCUCCUGUUGUUCCUCGCGACGUCUAGACAUUUGGACAGAUGGCAGUGUCUCUGACACCAACGCUGGUGGAGGCUGUUUUCUUGUCAUGGAAACCACUGCAACCCAGCGGUCAGAGAUACUGUCUGGGUGUCUACCAGCUGGCGCUGUCGCAACAUCCUUCACUGCCGAAGUAGCAGCAGCAGCAGCUGGCCUGAGGGCAGUCUACGACCUUACCACCAUGGAGACGGACGUUGUGCUGGUCACUGGCAGCCUCUCCCUCGUAGAUGCCCUCCGUGGAGACCCAUACAGGAUCAGCCCAGACACCAUUGCUGUGUUCGAUGCUCUGACAGAGGUUGCUCGGAAGGCUCAUUCCAUCAACCUUGCCUGGAUCAGCAGCCACUGCGGUGUUGCUCUCAAUGACAAGGCGGAUCGCCUUGCGCGGAAUGGAACACAGUGUGUACAGGCCCAGGUUCAGCUACCUAUCCAAGCUGCCAAGGCUUCAAUUCGGUCUGCAACCGCAUACCCCCGGCCAUUACUCAACACCAGCAAGUUCCGCAGCCCUCCGUCCCAGCAUGAGACCACCAUCCUCAAUCAGCUGCUCACUGGCCAUUGCAGCCUGCUGAAUAAGUACUUGUUCCAGAUUGAGGCGGCACCUUCACCCGACUGCACUCACUGUCCUGGAACAGUUGAUGAUGCUGCCCACCUCCUGCUAGCUUGCCCUGCCAGACACAGCAGUCGAGCAGGUACACGUCUAUGUACCUUCACAUCAGUCAGGGAGGCAAUUCUCACACAACCAUCAGAAGCUAUCCAGUUCUUGCAACUGGAGAAACUGAUCUAA